AAAUGAUUAUGGUUUCUCGUUUAAAAACCGCUGCUUCAUUUGCUUGUUUCUGCCAGAACUCUUUAAUGGAAGAUCUUCAUUAUAUCUGUUGCAGUAUUUGAUCUGAUAAAGCUACUUGUAGUAAUGAGAGAUUAACAACGUUCUGCUCUACCAUUUAUUCACCGCAGUUAUUAUAUAUGGCAACAGCUUCGAAAAUGUACCAAGUGUUUGUUAUCAAAGAAGGUUACCAAUAUUCAGAAGUUGGAGGUGAAGAAAAUGCCUCUGGUACAGUCACCUUUGUAAAUGGACCCCAUAAAAUAAUUGUUGACACUGGAAACCCAUGGGAUAAAGAGGAUAUUGUGCAAGGUCUUGCCAAACAUGCUGUGCUCCCUUCAGAUAUUGAUUACGUUGUGUGUACACACGGACACCUGGACCAUGUUGGCAACCUGAACCUAUUCACCAAUGCUAUUUAUAUUGUAUCUUAUGACAUCUGUAUUCGAAACCGAUAUUUGAUGCAUGAUUUUAAAGAGGGGAUUCCUUACGAAAUCGAUGAUUAUGUUGAAGUGAUUGCCACUCCCGGCCAUACAGGGGAAGACGUAUCAGUCAUUGUCAAAAACACACCUCAUGGUGUUGUAGCCAUCACAGGUGAUUUGUUUGAAUGUCAGGAAGAUCUUGAAAAACCCCAUUUGUGGCAACAGUCGAGUCAAAAGCCAGAGUCCCAAGAACAAUACCGAGCUGAUAUUUUAAAAAUAGCCGACCACAUCAUUCCUGGUCAUGGUCCUAUGUUCCAAGUACCAGAGUCUUGCAAGAAGCAAAUACAGAUGGUAUUACUCAAUGAAUAAUUUCUCUCACAUUUCCAAAAUAUCCCAAAUUUAUUUGUUAAGAUCUUUAUUUGAUCAAUAAAAUCUAUUACACAUGUU